AUGGGUUUAUCCGCUACACUACCAUUCUCUUCGGCCAAGCUUCCUGGUGCGAAGAUAUCACAUCACCUUUUGCAAGAGCACGACAGCCGGGUGUUCUGGACGACAAUCGACGCGAGGCGCGAGGGUGAAGGCAACACUGCACGAAUACUCGAGCUAGAAGCGCCAGUUUGGAAAAUUGUAGAGACACAAGGUGGACAGAUGAUCUUGGACGACCAGCCUCGCGCCAUAACUCAACCUCUCCAGUGCGUCCUCGUUGGAAGGAGCAAGGUAGAACCCCUGCAGGCGCAUUACGUCUUGCUGGUCCAGUUUGCCGCCAGUGGCGAGGAGGGCCAAGCCUAUGAGAGGGUUGAGAGUAAGCAUCCUGGGACGGCGCCAGAUAGCUCUCGAUGGACUUCACAAACGAUCCAGGAUACGAUGACAGUAGGAUAG